GUCGCCUAGGCAACCAGAUGAAUUUCAGAAGAAGUAGAUGUUUCUCCAUCUCAUCCUCAUCACAAAGGACAGCGAAAAAUGGCACAAAGGUGAGGCUGAGAUCCUAUUGCGCAGAGGGUGCCAUACGGGUGAGAUAUUGUGCCCCCAACAAGUGUUGCCCAAUUUCAUUCAAAAGGCAUGAUGAAAUUGAAAGACAAGAGCAAGGUCAGAGGUCCUGGGGUGGAUCUACACCAGGCACCCCCAAACUCAGUCCUUCAGAUGUUUUGGAACUACAAUUCCUAUCAUCCCUGACCACUGGUCCUGUUAGCUAGGGAUGAUGGGAGUUGUAGUCCCAAAACAUCUGGAGGGCCAAGUUUGGGGGUGCCUGAACUACACACGGGGGGGGGGGGAGAGGGGAAUUGCUAUAAAUAACUGAAAAAUUAAAUCAUUAUAACCAAAGAAAAACAGCCUAUAGAAACGCUAUACAGUGGUACCUUUGGUUCUCAAACUUAAUCCGUUCCGCAAGUCUGCUCCAAAACCAAAGUGUUCCAAAACCAAGGCACGCUUUCUCAUAGAAUGUAAAAUGGAUUCAUCCGUUCCAGACUUUUAAAAACAACCCCAAAACAGCAAUUUAACACGGAUUUUACUAUCUAACAAAACCAUUGAUCCAUAAAAUAAAAGCAAUACGCAAUGUACUGCAGUCACACAUUCAAUCCAUUAGUAGCUGAACUGGGUUCCACCAUCACAAAAACGAAACAAAAAGAGCAGCAAAAAUGCAAAAUAAAUAGCGAACACAGACAGACCUCAGCGUAACACUCAAAACGGAAGUGUGGCACUCAAAAUGGACUGCAUUCGGCUUCUGGAAAAAGUUCCCAAACCAGAACACAUACUUCCGGGUUUGCAGUGUUUGGUUUCCAAGUUGUUUGAGUAACAAAGCAUUUGAGAACCAAGGUACCAACUGUAGAAACAUUUUGUGCUCUCCGGCGCCAUCUGGUGCUGCAUGUUUAUAACACAAUGAAAUCUCUGUUUUCUGACUAAUGUAGCUGAAUCCCUGGUUUCCCCCCAAUAGUUCUUUUUUCAGCAACCUAAAUUGCAGGGUGGGUGGGUGGGUGGAGUUCUAUAGUCCUUGCUGUGUUGGGAAAGGGAAAUCCCUACUGAUCUACUCAAACUCACCCAAAAAUGUAUCCAUCGCUCCUUAUCUACCUUCUGCCCCAGCCAUGCCCAACUGCCCCUUUCUUUCGCCUUGCACCUUUCCACUUCCCUGAUGGUAAUGUUUCCUCUCUUGUCCUCCAUGCAGCAGGCCCACUUCCACGAUGUCCUUAAGAAUGCUAGCACGCCUCGAUCUCUUGAUGGAACCGCUGAGGAUCAGCAGCGCCAUCUGCUCUGCUGGAAGCUUGCUGUUGGAGUUUAUUUCCCUGAGUACUCCCUACUGGGUACUGCAAAGUACCAAAAAAGGCCUGGUUCACAGUGGCCUCUGGACUAUCUGCGUGGGUCCAGAUUGCACCAUGUAUUGGUUCAAUCUACUUGGUAAGGUCUUUUCCACUUCUAUAUCUUUCUAUAAAAUGCAAGCAUGUCAAAACCAGGUUUCCAAGUAUCUGGACCUGCCUUUAAGUUAGGAAUAGACAGCGGCGUUUCCACUCAAUGUACAGGCCUCCAGAUUCUGCUAUAUAUAAACAGUACAAUACAACAAUAGACCAGAAAUAAUGGCAUGUUUGAUAGCUCAGGUAGUAUCAACACAUAGGGCUAUGGCAGGGUUUAUCAGGUCAGGAACGUCCUAGACCCUGAGAUUUCAGAGCCCAAACCUGAGACCUAGUCUGAAUAUAUAUAUAUAUAUAUAUAUAUACGCUGUGAAAACGCUUUUUUAAAAAAUGUUUAAAUAUAUAUAUUGAAUUUCCCAUAAGCUCACCAUCACCAUCUAGUGUCACAUUUGUACAAUGCACAUAAAAGGUUCUAUUUGCAGAGGUGUCCCAUUGGUGAUGUCAUGUGGUGACCCCUAUGAUGUCAUUAAACAUUAACCACAGUCACUGAGACCAUUUGCAAAGAUGAAGCUUAAUUGCGAGAGGGAAGGAGGGAAGGGAGGGGGGCAGGAUGCAGUGUCUUCUUCUUCUUCUUCUUCUUCUUCUUCUUCGCUUUCACUGACCUGGUGAUUUGUGCUCUCCACCUGUGACUUGGAGGAGGGAAAGCAAACCUGAAGACUCCAGCUCAACCCUAGAGGUCUAGUACCCCUAGCUGCAGCAAUGGGGAGUAGAACUCAAAAAAAGAGUCUUAAAGAUGCCCAUAUUUCACACAUUAAAAGAGGCAGAGUGUUAUGAAGAUAUUUUGAAAUAGUGUAAGAAAUAAAGGCCUCCACCAUAUGACAUAGAAAUGGAUUUUCCAGUUGAUUGGAGACCCUCAAAUUAUACAUCAUUUCUCCCCAGCAAUUGCCAGAUUCCAACAGGAGUGCCAACUUGGCCCCAUGACUGUUGCUGCCUGGGGCUGUGGGUGCCAUGCAGCGUGCAUGGCCCUGGCACCAAAAUUUGUGGAUGUCCGGCCCCUUCAUGGGAAAUUUUGUGGGUUCUCGGGUGCCCAGAGAGCCAGUACCUAUGCAUUCCAAAUGUUCUCGUACCAUAAUGAUAGCUGCAGCAUCUUCCACCUUUGUGCAAAAGAUAUAGUUAGUUAAGGGUACUUUCUGGGAACCAUAGUUCUGUGGCACUUAAACUACAGUGCCCAGAAUUCUUUGGGGGAAAGUCAUGUGCUUGAAAUAUGUGGCGUGUACCCAGCCUUGAUGGCCUAUGAAACCCCACCAGUGCUAGGAUUCUACGAACAGAACGACCAUGUUGUGAGUCAUGGAUGACACCCACACUGUAUGUUUAAAGAACAUGGCUUCCUCUAAAGAACCCUGGGAACUGUAGUGAGUGGCAAAACUACAGUUCCCAGAAUUCUUUGGAGGAAGCCAUGUACCCCCAAGUGCUGCUUCUACCAGUUAAUGUUACAAAAGUGACAUCAAGUUUGUCAAAACGUUUGACUUUAAAGGGGAGGGGGGAAGACAAAUUUGUGGAGGGUGUGGCUGACAAGUGCUACUCGUCAUGAUGACGGUAUUCAAACCUCCAAGAUCAGAAGGUGCAUGUCUUUGAAUACCAGUCCCUGGGGAACAGCAGUUGGACAAGAUCAUUGUGCUCACAUCGUGAUUACAGACUUCCCAUGCUGUGCACCCGGGGGCAGGGCUAGCCACCCACGGGGGCGGGGCGAGCAUCCCAGGGGGUGGGGGAGAUGCUAUACAGUGCAAUGGCCCUCUAGAUAGGUUUGAAGCAACAAGACUUCUCUUAAAUUCUUACUUUAACUUUCUUCUUUAAGCAAGAAUGGGUUGCGUCGACCGCUAGCCUACUCAGAGUAGACUAUGUCACCUCCCUCAGGGUUGACAUCCCCUCAGGGAUGACACCCCAGGGCGGUCCUACACUGACUGGCAUGUUCUCUCCCUCCUGGUCAUUCGUUCGGGAGAUUUAAAAUCUUUCUCCAGCCCCAACAUCACAGCGACUGUUACCUUAGAGGCAUCAGCACACUUCAGGAUCAGCAGAGUAUAGGCAGUCAGCAUACAGACUCAGUAGCGCAGCUUUUGGCUAAACUACGUUUAUAUACAUAUACACACUCAGAGCAUCGUAACUCAGCUCCUUCCUCUUCAGCAUCAGACAGCAAAAAGAAAGAACAAAGGACAAACGUCCUACAUCACGGAAUCACAGUAAUACAAAAAUCCUGUCUCCGUGACUUCCCACAAUGUGGAAUGAAAACAUACACAGUCAUGUGAUAAAAACAAUCCCAUGACUGCAGCACGGGAAAAGAAUUCUAACACUAGCCACCCGCGGUGGCAGGGCGAGCAUCCCAGGGGGGCGGGGGGGCGAUGUCACCCCCCUCAGGGAUGACACCCGGGGCAGAUUGCAUCCAAUGUACCCCCAUUCCUCCGCCAGUGUCCAUAGGGACUGUGGCAAAGAGGAUGCUGGACUAUAUAGGCCAUUGGUGUGAUCCAACAAGACUCCUCUUAAAUUCUUACACUAACUUUCUUUUUUAAGCCGGGAGCAAGAAUGGGUUGCGUCAACUGCUAGCCUACUCUGAGUAGACCCACUAAAAUUCAUGGACAUGACUAACUCAGGUGCACUGAUUUCGGUGGCACUACUUUGUCGGCGACCACCCAGUCACUCUACCCAGAAUCCUUGCCCUUCCUAAUGCUUCCUUUUCUGAAUCACAGCCAUACAUAUCCACUUCACCCGAGCCUUCCUGGUGAUUGCAUGUUUCUGCAGCUUCUUUUCUCUGCUGUGUGUCUGCAUCUCGUUUGAACGUGACCUGCUAUUCAACAUAUCCCUGCUGAGAGCCGCCGUCACCUUCAGCCUCGUUUCAGGUAACCCCAAUGCGGGUUCUUAUCCCAGAAGGGCCCAUGUGGCUCAGUGGUAGAGCACCUGCUUUGCAUACAGAAGCUCCAGGUUCAAUCCCCACCAUCUCCAGUAGAGUUGAGAAAGAAGCCUCCUUUCCUGGGAAGCCCAAAGAGCUGCUGCUAGCUAGUCAGGAUUCUUCAACCUUGAGCCCCUAGAUGACAACAACUCCCACCAUCGUUGACCAUUGACAAAGCUGCCUGGGUAGGACAGGACUUGUUGUAGGCUAACAAUACCUGGGGACCCAAGAAUGAAGACUCCUGUCCUGAAACCCUGGCCUACUUGGUGGCAAAUAUAUCAAAUCCCCAGUCCUCACAGAUCCAUAAUCCAAACCGAAGCACAGUCCCACAGAGAUCCUGGAGCACCCAAGCUGUGGUCCAUCAACAAUGGACAGUUGAGCAGACACAGCACCUCAGCUCUGCUGCCAUUUUAUGCCUUGCAUGCUGACUGCGGCAUUUGGGUUUGGCAAGGCAUGGGAUCCUCACCUGUUCCAAGCCUAAGCCAGCUGAGGAAUCGCCCAUCUCCUCCCAGAGCUAGCGAGCCCCACCUGGCCAGCUAGGGAGCUGGGCUGUGGGCCCUUGCCUGCCUCAGCCUCCUGGAGUGCCCCAUUCGCUGCUCCCUAUGCCUCAGAGCCUGCCAUGUUUGCGGAGACAGGGUCCCCUCUGGCUCUGGUGAUGUCCUCUGUUGUUCUGGUUCCUGUGCACUGCCCUCCAUCUCUUCGUCAUCCUCUGUCACCCCAGAAAUGCUUCCUGCACCAACCUCACCUUCCCCAUCCCAGCUUGCCCUGGUGUGUGCUAGUUCGGGCUACACCAGGCAGAGGGCCUUCUUGGUAGUGGCGCCCGCCCUGUGGAAUGCCCUCCCAUCAGAUGUCAAGGAAAUAAACAACUACCUGACUUUUAGAAAACAUCUGAAGGCAGCCCUGUUUAGGGAACUUUUCAAUGUUUGAUGUUUUAUUGUGUUUUUAAUAUUCUGUUGGAAACUGCCCAGAGUGGCUGGGGAGGCCCAGCCAGAUGGGCGGGGCAUAAGUUGUUGUUGUUGUUUUAUUUACACCCCCCUCGCCAGAAUCUUCUUCAGGUAAAUUCUUACCUUUAUUUCCAGGCCUUUGAUGGACUGUGAGCUGUGACUAUUGGGUAUGUGUGUUGGGGUUGGGUUGUUUUUUUUUGUAUGUUAGUGUUUUAUAUUAUUUUCUUCCUAUGAAAUUAUGUUGUUUUGUUUUUAAUUUAUAUAUUCUCAUUUUUAAAAUCUCCUUUUUUUGCCCCCAGCUCUCUUAAUCUUGAUUGGUAUGGCAAUAUUUACAUACGUGCAGAGGCACUCGCAACCUUACACCAAUUAUUCACUCGCAUUCGGUUCGUCCUAUGGCUUGGGCUGGGCUUCCGUUCCUAUGCACCUCAUUACAGGUGAGUCGAGCUUUGCACAUGGGCCCCAAACAUCUGCAGGUGUGUGUGGCCUUAGCCUUGUCACUUCUUAAUUAUGAGAGGGGGAAAGGCUAGAGUUGAGCCUAGAAAUGGAGGAGAAUCAGAUGGUAGACAUUCUGGGUGAAUCAUAGAGUUGGAAGAGACCACAAGGGCCGUCGAGUCCAACCCCCUGCCAAGCAGGAAACACCAUCAGAGCACUCCUGACAUAUGGUUGUCAAGCCUCUGCUUAAAGACCUCCAAAGAAGGAGACUCCACCACACUCCUUGGCAGCAAAUUCCACUGUCAAACAGCUCUUACUGUCAGGAAGUUCUUCCUAAUGUUUAGGUGGAAUCUUCUUUCUUGUAGUUUGGAUCCAUUGCUCCGUGUCCGCUUCUCUGGAGCAGCAGAAAACAACCUUUCUCCCUCCUCUAUGUGACAUCCUUUUAUAUAUUUGAACAUGGCUAUCAUAUCACCCCUUAACCUCCUCUUCUCCAGGCUAAACAUGCCCAGCUCCCUUAGCCGUUCCUCAUAAGGCAUCGUUUCCAGGCCUUUGACCAUUUUGGUUGCCCUCCUCUGGACACGUUCCAGUUUGUCAGUGUCCUUCUUGAACUGUGUUGCCCAGAACUGGACACAGUACUCCAGGUGAAGUCUGACCAGAGCAGAAUACAGUGGCACUAUUACUUCCCUUGAUCUAGAUGCUAUACUCCUAUUGAUGCAGCCCAGAAUUGCAUUGGCUUUUUUAGCUGCCGCGUCACACUGUUGGCUCAUGUCAAGUAUGUGGUCAACCAAGACUCCUAGAUCCUUUUCACAUGUACUGCUCUCAAGCCAGGUGUCACCCAUCUUGUAUUUGUGCCUCUCCUUUUUUUUUGCCCAAGUGCAAUACUUUACAUUUCUCCCUGUUAAAAUUCAUCUUGUUUGUUUUGGCCCAGUUCUCUAAUCUGUCAAGGUCGUUUUGAAGUGUGAUCCUGUCCUCUGGGGUGUUAGCCACCCCUCCCAGUUUGGUGUCAUCUGCAAAUUUGAUCAGGAUGCCCUUGAGUCCAUCAUCCAAGUCGUUGAUAAAGAUGUUGAAUAAGACCGGGCCCAAGACAGAACCCUGUGGCACCCCACUAGUCACUCUUCUCCAGGAUGAAGAGGAACCAUUGAUGAGCACCCUUUGGGUUCGGUCAGUCAGCCAGUUACAAAUCCACUGAGUGGUAGCAUAGUCAAGACCGCAUUUUACCAGCUUCUUUACAAGAAUAUCAUGGGGCACCUUAUCAAAUGCCUUGCUGAAAUCAAGGUAGGCUACAUCCACUGCAUUCCCUUCAUCUACCAGGCUUGUAAUUCUGUCAAAAACGAGAUCAGGUUAGUCUGACAUGACUUAUUUUUCAGAAAUCCAUGCUGACUAUUGGUGAUCACAGCAUUCCUUUCUAGGUGCUCACAGACUGUUUGCUUAAUGAUCUGCUCCAGAAUCUUCCCUGGUAUUGAUGUCAGACUGACUGGGCGGUAAUUAUUUGGGUCCUCUCUAUCCCCCUUUUUGAAAAUAGGGACAACAUUUGCCCUCCUCCAGUCUGCCGGGACUUCGCCUGUUCUCCAGGAAUUCUCAAAGAUGUCUGCCAGAGGUUCUGAGAUCACAUCUGCCAGUUCUUUUAAUACUCUUGGAUGCAGUUCAUCUGGCCCUGGAGACUUGAAUACAUCUAAACUAGUCAAGUAUUCUUGUACUAUCUCCUUAGUUAUUCUGGGCUGUGUUUCCUUUGCUGAAUCACUUGCUCCAAAUUCUUCAGGUUGGGCAUUGUUUUCUUCAUCGGAGAAGACUGAGGCAAAGAAGGCAUUGAGGAGUUCAGCCCUUUCUGUGUCCCCUGUUUGCAUUUCACCAUCUUCUCCUCUGAGUGACCCCACUGUUUCUUUGUUCUUCCUUUUGCUACGGACAUACCCAUAAAAGCCUUUUUUGUUGCUUUUAACCUCUCUAGCAAGCCUGAGUUCAUUCUGUGCUUUAGCUUUUCUGACUUUGUGUCUACACGUGCUGGCUAUUUGUUUGAAUUCCUCUUUGGUGGUUUCCCCCUUUUCCAUUUUUGUACACAUCCUUUUUAAUCUUAACUCAGUUAAAAGUUCUUUAGAUAGCCACCCUGGCAUCUUUAGGCACCUUCCAUGUUUCCGUCUCAUUGGUAUUGCCUGAAGUUGUGCUUUUACUAUCUCCCUCUUAACAAACUCCCAGCCAUCAUGAACUCCCUUUCCUUUUAGUAUUACUGUCCAUGGGAUCUCACCCAGCACUUCCCUAAGUUUUAUGAAGUUGGCUUUCUUAAAGUCAAGAAAUUGAGUCCUAGUAUGCUUGGCUGCUCCUUUCUGCUGUAUAGUAAACUUCAGAAGAGCAUGAUCACUCGUGCCUAAUGAUCCUUCCACUUCUACCCCACUAACCAGGUCAUCAGCAUUGGUUAGGACCAGAUCUAAAAUGGCUGUUCCUCUUGUUGCUUGUCCCACUUUCUGGACAAUGAAGUUGUCUGCAAGGCCAGUGAGGAAUCUGUUUGACCUUAUGCUCUUGGCUGAGUUUGACAUCCAACAAAUAUCCGGGUAAUUGAAGUCCCCCAUUACUACUAUCUCCCUUCCUUUUGCAUGCUUGGCCAUCUGUUCCAGGAAGGCAUCAUCUAUGUCCUCCGUUUGGCUUGGGGAUCUAUAGUAAACUCCCACAAGGAGGUCACUGUUAUUCUUCUCUCCCUUAAUUUUGACCCAAAUGCUCUCACUUUGGCUUUGAAGGUUCUAAAUCUUGGAUCUCUUCACAGGUAUACACAUCCCUGACAUAUAAUGCCACUCCUCCUCCUUUCUUGUCUGGUCUGUUUCUCUGAAAUAGAUUGUAUCCCUCCAUUAUUACAUUCCAAUCAUGGGACUUAUCCCACCAGGUUUCAGUGAUGCCUAUUAUGUCAUAUUUAGUUUGCUGUACCAAGAACUCAAGCUCAUCUUGUUUAUUUCCCAUGCUUUGCACAUUAGUGUACAGACAUUGAAGUCCAUUAAUCAUUCCCCCAUGGUUCUGGUCCAGACUGCAAGGGAACAAUACCAUUUUUGGAUGAAUCCCUCCCUUUUUUUAUUUAAAGAAAACCUCCCUGCAAGUUGGGACAGGGGAUAAAUUUGAUUCAGUUCACAUCCAAGGCAAAACUACCAAUAUCACACUUUCCAAACCAAUAUGAGAAUGGAAACCCAGCCAUCCUUCAAAAUUCGCACUGCUCCAAAUUUUGUGUUGCAGUUCUACAACCAAUGUUUGCCAAAAAUAUAUAUGCAUAUGUUAAGGGAGAAGGUGCAUCAAAACGACUAUAUUAGUGAAAGGAAGGUACAAAAUUCACUUUCCAGUGGUACCUUGGUUCUCAAACUUAAUGCGUUCUGGAGGUGUGUUCCAAAACCAAAGCAUGCCAAAACCAAGGUCCACUAUCCCAUAGAAAGUAAUGCAAAAUGGAUUGGUCCAUUCCAGACUUUUUAAAACAACCCCUAAAACAGCAAUUUAACAUGAAUUUUACUUUCUAACGAGACCAUUGUUCCAUUAAAUGAAAGCGAUAAACAAUGUACUGCAGUCACACAAUCAAUCAAUCAAUCAAUCAAUCAAUCAAUACAUGAGUAGCUGAACUGGGUUCCACAGUCACAAAAACAAAACAAAAAGAGCAGCAAAAACGGAAAAUUAAUAACGAAAACAGACCUCAGCGUAACAUUCAAAACGGAAGUGUGGCACUCAAAUCGGAAGCGUAAUACUCAAAAUGGAACACUUACUUCUGGGUUUGCAGUGUUUGAGUACUAAGGUGUUUGAGAACCAAGGUACCACUGUAUUGGGGGGGGGAGUGUUUGCAAAAUUGUGUACAUUAGCCCAAAGUGCACACAACAAUAUAUUUAGUUGUGAAAAAUUGCACUAAAAACCUGGAUGGUUUUCAUGAGGUUUUCUUUAAAACAGAAAAAUUCAGAUUGCUGCAGAAAUUCAGAGAACUGAAUUUAAAAUUGACUAAGUCUGGCCCUAGCUCAGGGAUCUCAGAGAACCGAUGGGCUUAUACAAACUCCUUUCUUUCACGUGUUAGUUUUUAUUUAUUUAUUGGGUGUGUACAUUUGCCAGACAUUGCUCAGAGUUUCACACUCUGAGUUUCUUUCUUACGCUGCAGAGAAUGGAGGAAUCAAGAGCAGGUGAGAGGAUCUGAGUCUUACACGUCUUUGCAGUGAGGAGGAAUUGGGAUUGCCAAAUAUGUAGAUUGUCAUAUCUAUAUUUAUACUGGAAGGAGUAAAGAAAGGGGCAGCUGAAACAAUAUUUCAAAAGCUAGCAAAAACAAAAACAAAACAGCAGUUCAGCUAUAAUCCUAAAAGAGAAAAUUCUAAUUUUCCAGUGGUAAAAUGGGGGUGGGGAGAGAGAGCUCAGAAAACUCCCCACCAUGUGAACUCAUAACACCAAAUUAAGAGAUGAAAUCCAGAAUUUGCUCCCACUCAGGCUGAUAAUUUAAUUCUCCUGGACCUGCUGCUUGCCCAGGAAAUGCAUAAUUUGUUUUGCAGCAUGUCUGGGGAAUGGGGGGACUUUAAGAAACAAGGACCAGAAAAUAGGUGUUUGAGCUGUGCAGACUAGCUGAGGAGGGUUUUUCCCCACUCCUCUCUGCUCGUCAAAUGAUCUGAUGACCAGAGAAGCAUGAGGAAUUGGAUUCCUAUCAAGACCUGAGGUGUUUUGUAUUUUAGGAGCUAAAAUCUCUCUCUCUCUCUCUCCCCUCUCCUGUUUUCUUCCACCUAGCUGUACUACAAAUAUUGAGUCACAAAACAUCUACCUACUAAGUCUGGGGGCCCAACUCUGCCACCGGGACCAGAAGAACUGCCAAUAAGAGCAUGGCUGCUAUCCUAUCAUGAAAUCUCAGACGUGGGAUAUUUCUCUGGGUUAAGUAUAGCCAUAUUCUGGGUAUCACGAUGGUGUAGGACACAAUGAUGGAAAGUGCCUUGCUUGUCUCAGUGCAAAUGUAAUGGCGGGACCAUGGUUUGACUUACAUCAGUGGGCUUCCGGUUUACCCCAGUUCCCAUGAACAAACCAUGGCUUGCCAUGACAUAACACAAUUCAACUGGAAGCCAGGGGCUGACCUGCUUGUGCAAACUAUAGUUGUCCUGCAUAUCUUACUAGACCUUGACUUAUCCACUCUUGAGAUUAAAAAGGCUAUUUUCAGUGCUAACUCGUUGUGAUGAUUUCCCCUGCAAGUAUAAUGCGAUAUAAACAGAGUGUUGGACUUUGUCUGGGGAGACCCAAGUUCAGAUGUUUGCCUGCCGGUGACAUGGGUUCAGCCACCAUCUCUCAGCCUGACCUACCUUGCAAGAUGGUUGUAUGGGUCGAAAAAGCAGGGAGGAGAAACACGUCUCCAUAGAGAAUGACCGAGAUAAACAAAAAACAAAAAACCCGACAUGAUAAAUAAAGUGCCUUGCUUCACCCCUCA